AUAUAUUCUAUGAAGAAAUAGAUGGUUUUCUCCAAUAUUGUAAAAAGAAAAAUUGAAAUGUAUUGAUUACAAAAACAAAAGCUCUGAUAUAUUGUAUAUAAAAUGUCGAGAAGGAAUAGGGUUAAUAAGAGCUGAGUGCAAUAAAUAAAUGCACUUAUAUUGUAUAAAAAUUCUCUUUAAUAAUAAUGAACAUUUUGGUCCUUUUUUUAGACCAUAUUCAUUAUUUAUUAAUCGCCAGAAAAAUAGUCUCAAUCAACAAACAGAUACCGAAUGUCCUCACCACACAUAUGCAGCAACUAUUGAAAAGUUAACGAAAUUUUAAAUAUUGUGCAUCCCUAUAUAUUUAUUUUCCUCCCUGUCCCCGCCAUAUGCGAUUUGACGAUUAUCCAUCUUGGUUUGUUUGUAUUUAACACUUUGUCAGUAUGUUAUUUGUAUCCUUGUAUGCUGAAGAUAUUCUACAGGAAGUACCGAAACAUCUUCAUUAUUAUUUAAAAGAAUUUUUACACAAUAUAAUAGUGCAUAUAGUAAGAACAUCAGCUCAUGGCGAUUGGUUUGAUAGGGAAUGUUUGCAAGCAAUCGACCAAAAGAAUUCUACAUAGCUUACAAUCAAACAAAAGGACACAUAGCACUAGAGCAGCAACGAAGAGAUACACUGAGAAGAGAAGGGAAGCUAACAAAGUUAUAUGUUGCAAGAAACGAGAACAUGAAGAUAACUAGUUAAGGGAUCUCGAGGGUGAGAGUAACAAGAAAGAGAUAUGAAGAUUCUAUCAAAGAGUAGCCUACAAAGGAGAGGUUAUAAGUCCAACAUCCAUUUUUGUAAAGAUAAAGAAGAUAACAUACAAACACAGAUAAUAUAAAACAGCGAUGGGCAGAGUAUUUUAAGGAACACCUCGGUGAAAACAAUAACCUGGAGACUGCUAAACAGGAGAGGAGACUAACACGACAGGAGAAAGACGAUGACGAUAAAGAGGGAAUGCCUCCGCCGGGCAUGUAUGAAAUACGAAAAGCCAUGAAAAAACUAAAAAGUAACAAAGCGCUUGGACCAGAUAAUAUCGCACCAGAACUGAUGAAAUAUGAAGGCAAAAGAUUAGAGUGAGAUGUAAAAGCUCAUAACUAAGAUCUGGAGCGAGGAGUGCAUGUCAAGGAACUGGAAUCAAGGUUUGAUAUAUCCUAUAAGAGGGACGAUAGAUUGGAAAGCAAUAAUCAUAGAGGCAUUAGCCUCCUAAACACUGGAUAUAAGAUUCUGUCUUCCAUCUUGUGUGAGCGUCUGAAAGAAUUCGUCGAGAGAAGCGUAAGGUCAUAUCAAUGUGAUUUUAUGCUUGGAAGGGUAAUAACGGAUCAAGUUUUUGCCCUAAGGCAAAUUCUGGAGAAAACUCGUGUGAGUGCUAGACAUUGGACAGCAAAAGCUCAGCAACCCUGGGAGCCUUUAAAAGAAAGAUUCUUCAAAAUGGAUAUAUGGAUCCGUAUGCGUAGGGGACCAGGAUGGAGAACAAGAUACAAUCAUGAAGUAUAUGAACUUUAUAAGGACGUUAACAUAGUGCAAAAAAUCAAACUUCAAAGGCUGCACUGGGGACAUGUCAGUCAGAUGGAAAACAAUAACCCCACGAAGAAGUUUUUCAAAAAUAACCUACCAUACGCUGUGAGGGGUAGGCCGAGUCUGAAAUGGAGAGAUGGAGUGAAGGCAGACUUGAGGAGGCUAGGCAUUAGAGAUUGGAGGGAGAGAGCAUGCGAUAGAGAGGAAUGGAGAAGAAUCCCGAGCCCAAGUCCACCAGGAGCUAUAGUGCUAGAUACAUACAUACAUAAUAAUGUAUAUAUUUACUGCGCUUAGCUCUUAUUAGCCCUAUUCCUUUCUAACUUACAUGCUAAUAGUAUUUUUGUUAAAAGUUAACAAUUGAAUGAUUUCUUAU